UCUACCUUUCCAAAGUAAAUGGCUCUACGUUGGAACAGAGAGGGGAAACACACAUAUUGUAAAUAUUGAGUCCUUCGUUCUUUCUGGAUACGUUAUCAUGUGGAACAAGGCAAUAGAACUAUCCACAAAGACUCACCCUGGCCCAGUUGUACACCUAAGCGAUAGCCCAAGAGAUGAGGGAAAACUAUUAAUAGGCUAUGAAAAUGGGACGGUAGUACUCUGGGACUUGCGAUCAAAAAGAGCAGAUUUAAGAGUUUACUAUGAUGAGGCUAUUCAUUCUGUUGACUGGCAUCAUGAGGGGAAGCAGUUCAUGUGCAGUCACUCUGAUGGCAGCUUGACUCUGUGGAACUUGAAAAGUCCUAGCAGACCAUUUCAGAUAACAAUCCCACAUGGAAAAAUUCAAAGAGAUGGGAAAAAACCUGAGUCUUGUAAACCAAUUCUUAAAGUAGAGUACAAGACAUGUAAAAGCAGUGAACCAUUCAUAAUCUUUUCUGGUGGACUGUCCUAUGACAAAGCUUGUCGAAGACCAAGUCUAACCAUCAUGCAUGGAAAAGCUAUUACGGUGCUUGAAAUGGAUCACCCUAUAGUUGACUUUUUAACUCUUUGUGAAACACCAUAUCCAAAUGAAUUUCAAGAACCCUAUGCUGUAGUUGUACUAUUGGAAAAAGAUCUCAUUGUUGUUGACCUAACACAAAGCAAUUUUCCAAUCUUUGAAAAUCCUUAUCCCAUUGACAUUCAUGAGUCACCUGUUACCUGCACAGAAUAUUUUGCUGACUGUCCUCCAGAUUUGAUUCCCGUAUUGUAUUCUGUAGGAGCUAAACAUAAAAAGCAAGGAUACAGCAAUAAGGAAUGGCCAAUCAGUGGGGGAGCAUGGAAUCUAGGAACACAGACAUAUCCUGAAAUUAUUAUUACAGGUCAUGCAGACGGAUCGAUAAAGUUUUGGGAUGCCUCUGCCAUAACUCUACAGAUGUUGUACAAGUUAAAAACCUCAAAAGUGUUUGAAAAACAGAAGCUAGGGGAAGGAAAACCAACAGCUGAGAUUGUAGAAGAAGAUCCUUUUGCCAUUCAGAUGAUGUACUGGUGCCCUGAAAGCCGAAUAUUCUGUGUGGCGGGAGUCUCUGCAUAUGUUGUUGUUUACAGAUUCAGCAAACAUGAAGUGAAUACUGAAAUAGUGUCAUUAGAGGUGCGACUUCAGUAUGACAUAGAAGAUAUCAUUACUCCUGAACCAGAAAUAAUUCCUCCGUUUCCUGAUGCCUCAUCCCAACUUCCUUCCUUAAAGAGUCUUUCAGGCAGUACCAACACUGUGGCAUGUGAAGGAAUGAUGAAGGACAGUAUCCCCUGUCUUAGUGUUAAGACUCGACCUGUGCGAAUGCCUCCUGGGUACCAAGCAGAACUUGUUAUUCAGUUGGUGUGGGUGGAUGGUGAGCCUCCACAACAAAUCACCAGUCUGGCCGUAAACUCAGCCUAUGGACUUGUUGCAUUUGGGAACUGCAAUGGUUUGGCUGUUGUGGAUUUUAUGCAGAAGACAGUAUUGCUGAGUAUGGGAACCAUUGAUUUAUAUGGAUCAAGUGAUCCAUACCAGCGUCAGCCCCGUUCUCCACGCAAAAACAAGCAGUUCACUACAGACAACUUUUGCAUGCGUGGCCUGUCUAACUUUUAUCCAGAUUUAACGAAACGGAUCCGUACUUCCUAUCAGAGCCUGACUGAACUCACUGACAGUCCAAUUUCCCUGGAGCUAGAGCGUUGCAAGUCUCCCACUUCAGGUAAAGAUCAUGUAAACGGGCACUGUACAAGCCCAACCUCCCAGACUUGCAGCUCUGGAAAACGGCUCUCUAGCGCAGAUGUUACGAAAUCAAAUCGCCGAGGGCCUGGGAGGCCCCCAUUUAGAAAAGCACAGUCUGCGGCUUGCAUGGAGAUUUCCCUUCCAGUCACAACAGAAGGUUACAUUUCCAGACGGGCAAUGCUUCAGCAAUUACAUGGAGUCAGUACAUUCUCACACGACGAGUGUCACUAUGCCGCUUACACAUGGAUGGACAAAGAAAACCGGGAAAAUACCUUCAGCCGUUCCCGAAGCUCCAGUGUCUCCAGCAUCGACAAGGAGUCCAAGGAAGCAAUUACAGCUUUGUACUUUAUGGAGACUUUUUCACGGAAGAAUGACUCUGCUGUCUCCCCCUGUCUGUGGGUUGGAACAGGCCUUGGUAUGGUUUUAAUCAUCUCCCUUAAUCUGCCUGCUACUGAGGAAUUAAGGCAGACAGAACCGGUCAUGGUGUCUCCAAGUGGUACAGUUCUGACACUGAAGGGAGCAGUGCUGACUUUUUCAUGCCUGGACUGCAUGGGAGCAUUGAUACAUCCACCCUAUGAAGUAUGGAGGGACCCAAACAGCAUAGAUGACAGUGAAAAAACGAGAAAAAGGAAACUUGUCAUGUAUUCUCCUUCCUCCUCCCAGGAUAUGGGAGAUCAUCAGUUUGCUGUCAUCUGCUCAGAAAAACAAGCCAAAGUUUUCUCAUUGCCUUCCCAGACAUGCCUCUAUGUUCACAACAUCACAGAAACAUCCUUUCUAUUGCGAGCAGAUGUGGUGACCCUGUGUAACAGCAUCUGCCUGGCUUGCUUUUGUGCCAAUGGGCAUAUCAUGACAAUGAGCUUGCCUAGCCUUCGCCCAAUGCUGGAUGUCAACUAUUUGCCAGUAACAGACAUGAGGAUAGCACGGACAUUUUGUUUCACCAAUGAAGGGCAAGCUUUGUAUCUCAGCUCUCCCACAGAGAUCCAGCGACUGACAUACAGCCAGGAGAUGUGCGACAAUCUACAGGACAUGCUUGGGGAUUUGUUUACCCCAGUGGAAACCCCCGAAGCCCAGAACAGAGGCUUUCUCAAGGGCCUGUUUGGAGGAAGCGGGCAGACCUUUGACAGAGAAGAGCUGUUUGGCGAGGCUUCAGCAGGAAAAGCCUCUCGGAGUCUGGCUCAGCACAUCCCUGGCUCGGGUGGAAUUGAGGGUAUGAAAGGAGCUGCAGGAGGGGUAAUCGGAGACUUGGCUCGUGCGCGCCUCGCCCUUGACGAGAGAGGACAGAGACUGGGAGAACUGGAUGAAAAGACUGCAAGCAUGAUGGCUAGUGCAGAGGCAUUUUCCAAACAUGCACAUGAGUUGAUGCUGAAAUAUAAGGACAAGAAAUGGUACCAGUUUUAGACUUAUAAAGAAGCUGCUUGGCUUUGAUGAGAGCACUAUUCAGGGAAGUGGAACUUAUUCCCAACACUACCAGUCACUGGCCAGAAGCAAAACUUUCUCCUAGGAAACAUUUUCCUGUUAUUUGUUUGGAUUCGCCACAAGUGGGAAGUCAAGGAGAAGUUUUAUAUCCCACAAAAUGGAGCCUAGACUUGUAUUGGUCUUUUGUCAAAAUACCUGGCUCAUGGUGUAGUAAAUCUUUUUCCGAAAGCAACUGCACAGUCACAUUGGCAUGUAGCUCUUUUCAGAAGCUCUAGGAAUGAACUGUGGAGAGUAUCUAUCUCUGGUUAAAAAUAUCCUGUACAAACCUAGAAUGUUAAUGCAUUUAUUAAAAAAAAUGAAUACAAUUUUGCAUGACCAAUUGACAUCUUAAAAAGAAAGCAUGUUGUGACCGAAAAAAAGGGAUUUAUUUCUAUGCUGAGCAAAAAAAUAUUUAAAAAGAGCAAAAAUCUUUAUUUUUAAAAACUACACUACAAACAGCCAGUAUGUUUCAAGCAUGGCUGCUGCUACUCUGGACAGGAAAAUUAGAUAAGCUGCAUUUUUUUAUUUGCUGCUAGUUCUUUUCCUUAUAAAAUCUUAGGUUGAAAUCAUCAGUGCUAUUUAAUUCGUAUCCAAAGAAUAAACCAACAUCCAAAUCCAAUCCAAAUGCUUUAUUUAGUGUUUGUGAAGGAGCCAGCUGGGAUGUCACCUAAUUGAGAGCAGAGGGUGUCUUUACAAUCCAAAGAGUGCAGGAAACACCUUCCAUAAAUACUAAUUUUCUGAAAGCAUCCGUUGAGGGGGCUAUGAUAACUUUUGUCACCCCAGGAGUGUCUGAAUCACUUGGUUGCCUUGUUUUUUCAAUAUUAGAAGCGGAAGAGAAGGUGAGUCUGCAAUCUAUUGAAUUAAACUGAAGAAAGUAGAGGGCCCAGUGGGUCAAGCUGGUAAAUCUCCUCAAGUCAGUGACUUCAGCAGCUUGCAGGAAAGAGUUGCACUGAAGUGAUGCUAAGCAAACUGCACAGUAACCCAAUUUAAAGCUGGCUGGCUGAAGAUCACACCAGCAACUAGUUUGAGCUGCAAAGCCCUGCAGAUGUAAUUUUAUAUAGACCACUUUCUACACUGCCUUGCCUGGUGUAUCACCACUUGCAACCUGUGCAAAGCUGGUGUAAAACACUGCCACAGAGAUGAGUGGAGAACUCAGGAGCACAUCAUAUCUACUUUGCACAAGUGUAAAUGCCCGUGCAAGGUACUGGUGAAAUAGGCUGUUCAUAUCAGUAAAGCUGCUGCCACGGGGCUUUAUGUUGUUUCCAUCAUGGGCUUUUAAUUUCCUUCAUUUCGCAGAUACUGUCAGAUUCUUUUCCACAACAGUUUAUCAUGAUGUAUUUGCCUGAACAGCAUUCCCAUUACAUAACAGUCAAUUUCCUUCCCCAACUGAGUUUUACUCCUCUGCAUCAGCACAAUUUCCAAAGUAACCAACUGUGAAGUCAGAUGGAUUCUAAAAUUGACUUGGGAACAAGGUGCCACGGUCAUGUUUGCCAGCAAGUACGCACAAGUACAAACUAGGGGGAGAGAGACAGACAGAGACACUUUGCAUCAGGAGAAUUCACUUUGAAGGAAAAUGCUCUGAGAAAGCAGCUGCAGCUAGUGACCUCCCAAAUAGCCAUGGCCAUCAGCUUUGCUUUAACUUCCUACAGGUUUGUAUCAUGACAGUUCAAUGCACACUCUGGACCACGAGACACUGGUCUGGCUUCUGCAUUUCCAUGGAAAGCCCUGCUAACUCUCACUCAGUAGCCCUCUCAGCCAUUCCUUUCUCAUAUCUGCUCUGUUUUUAGUUUUGGAGUGGGUGCUCACUGGCAAAAACACCUAUUGUAUAUUUAAUUCAGCUCAAUUUUAGAUAUGGGUUUUGGACUCAGAAGUCUGGCAUCACAAGCUGUGUAAAUUAAGGCUAUGGCACAAGUUUGAGGCCUCAUUAAGGUUACACUAUUAUGGCUCAAUAUGAAUUUUGUGCUAUUCAGAAUUUUUAAAUUUUGCUGCAGGCAAGGUUAAAAUGCCAGCUUUGACGGUUGUAGUUCAUAUGGCUAAUCCAGCCCGUGUGCAUUGCAUGUUUACUCUACAUGUACUCUGGCCUAUCAUUAAUGUAAAUCACUAAUCUUGUGGGCACUUUAGCUUUACAAACACCUUGGAGAGGAUAUGUUCCAAGACUAGAAAAGGUAUUUAAACUGUCAGUGAAUUAGGCUCAGACCAAACAGGUAAAGAUUCAGGAGGGAAAUCAUUCUACCAGGGACAUGAGUUAGUUCUGUAACUUACUGCACCUGUCUCUAUACUAAUAUAACCUCUAUGAAAAAGAUAUUCCUGGUUCAAGUGUGGUGCCAUGUACACCACGUCUGCUGGCUACACUGGGAGUUUCCAUUGCAAUUCACUGACAUGUUGCAGUAUCCAUAGAUGUAUCACACAUGACUGUAUGGGCAGACUAGCAGAAAGCUUGGUGAGUGAUUAGGAUGGUACUAGUUCUUGGCUUGUUAUUCCGCUUUUAGGCAGAGGUGUUGCUCUAACAUCAGUUCAGGGACCUGUGAUCCUGAAUGAAAUAGCAGCCUCCUUAGGCAGAUGCUAGAGCUCACUCUGUCAUGAAGCAGUUGCACAAGUCAGUAUGAACAGCUACAGCCUGCAUGAGGGAAAUAUGCCUCCAGUAGGUUAUUUACAUUACACUUGCUCUAUCAAACUUAACACCACGCUGUACCAGUGGGAAAGCCAGCCAGUAGCUUUCAGUUUGCCUCUUUACUUCACAAAAGAAGAAUUUAGAUUCCCCAAACAUACAAUUUUGAAUGUUUAAAUUCUUCAUCUUUUUCUCUAGAAAAACUCCCCAGGAGGUCACAACUGUAUCUUCCUUUCAUCUAUGGCAUAUUGUACAUCUUUCCGGAAAGUUACAAAUUCCUGUUUCUGUAACGUUCAGCUCUUGUGACUAUAAUUAUUAAUUUUCUUGUAGUCUGUAGAGAUCUAAAAAAAUUGUAUAUGUUUGUAUAUAGAACGUUCUAUAUAUAUAAAUAUAGAUAUGUAAUGUAUAUGGUGUAUACGUUUGGUAGUGCACACUGUUAAAAUGCUUUCUAUUGAGACUUACUGUGGAUGUGGGGAAAAGCCUUCACCUGAAAAUGUAAUGAGGGCGGGGGAAGCCUGGCUGGUUAGUUUCUUGUGACAUGAGGAGGAGUGUGGGAUUUUUAGAGGGCCUACCCUAAACAUUUUUUGUUAAUAACUAGAGUAAUAAAGCUGCAGCCUUCAACCUGAUAAGCAUAGCAAUGAUUUUACUUGCUGAGAAGAAAAUUAGGCUUUCUAAGAAGAAUGUUGAAAUCAAAUGUGCUUUCACCUUUUCUACCAAGCCAGCAUCGGUUCACACAACAUCCAUAACUUUUAGGCUCUUUCUACAUCUGAACUCUUAGUUAAAAAGUACAAAUUCCAGAUAGGUUAUAUUAGAUUUAAAGUAUAAAAGGCUGUCUCUAGUGACAUUUUGGCAUAAUAUCGCUCAAUUAAACAUUUUAUGAUGUUAGAAAAUAUAUUUUUGUGAGUGAAAAAUGUAUGCACUAUCCCAAAUAAUCCGAUAUACAAAAUACACACACAGCUAGGGGUGUAAUAUGCAAAUAAAUAUAUUAAAUUACAUUCAAUAUGUGGCUUCUCAUUAGAUGAGUCCUUACUAGUAAGAGCUAUUUUAUUCGCAGCCAACUCCUAGACUUAGACCACUUUAAACUUCAAUUCUGAAUUAAAAUUU